AUGUCGUCGCCGCCGUGGUCUUGGGGGAUGGAUAAUGAACAACCCCACCAGGAGUUGGUUAAGUGUGUGGUGGUCGGCGACACUGCCGUUGGCAAAACGAGGCUAAUAUGCGCACGCGCUUGCAACAAACAGGUAUCAUUGGCCCAACUGCUGGCCACCCACGUGCCCACCGUGUGGGCCAUCGACCAGUACCGCAUCUACAAGGACGUGUUGGAGAGGUCUUGGGAGGUGGUGGACGGCGUCAACGUCAGCCUGCGUCUAUGGGACACUUUCGGCGACCACGAGAAAGACAGGAGGUUCGCCUACGGAAGGUCGGACGUGGUACUACUAUGCUUCAGCAUCAACAAUCCCAUUUCACUGCGCAACUGCAGGUUGAUGUGGUUUCCGGAAAUUCGUCGCUUCUGCCCCAGCACACCCGUCAUCCUAGUAGGCUGCAAGAACGACUUACGGUACAUGUACCGCGACGAGGCGUACCUGAGCUACUUCCGCGACCGCAGCCCGUUCGUCCGCGCCACCAGGAAGAGCGACCUGGUGAUGCCGGACGAGGCUCGAAACGUGGCCCGCGAGCUCGGCAUCGCCUACUACGAGACCUCGGUGCUCACCUACUACGGAGUUAACGAAGCCUUCGAGAACGCCAUCAGGGCGGCGCUGAUCGCGAGGAGGGCGCAGCGCUUCUGGAUGACCAACUUGAAGCGGGUACAGCGGCCGCUGCUGCAGUCACCAUUUAAGCCACCGCCACCCCCGAAACCUGACACCCACAUAUCGCUAGGAUCACACAGCGAGCACAUGCGUCAUCUCUGGCUGAGCAGGGCCCAUACGGACAUCGUCUUAGUUGUAGGAUCCAUGGGAUUCCCGGCUCACAGAUUCGUCUUGGCUGCAAGCAGCACGGCAUUCUACAGGCUCCUCACGGCCGACCUGAUGGCGCGCAGCACCAGCGACUCCAGCAUGGUGAGCUCGUUGGGCGACUUUGCCGACGACACCGAAUGCCUGGUACGCGCCGAGCAAAGGACGAGCCGACGGCGCGCCAGUUGCCAGGCGCUGCCCGCGGCCAGAGACCCCGCCCAGCCGGUGUUCCAGGGCAUCAGGACGGCGCAGCCCGAGGGCCAGACGGUGGUGACGCUGAGCAAGCUGGUGACGGCGGGCGCCAUGUUGCAGUGUCUGCAGUUCGUUUAUACGGGCACCGUGGACCGCAGCGCGCUCAAUUUGAGGGAGACUUGCGAAGCUGCCGAAUUCCUCGAACUGCCCCAGCUGCAAGUGCUGCUCACCAAACACCCCUUCGUCGCUCCCGAUCCCCCCGACGAGGACUACGAGAACUUCCUCAAGCGGCGCUUCCAGGACGUCUGCCUGGACCAGGGACUCUUCGCUGACGUCAUCUUCGAGAUGGACGACGGCGUGUGUGCCGCCCACAAGGCCAUGCUGGCUGCCCGGUGUGACGUCAUGAAGGCCAUGUUCAGCGGGGAUUUCCGAGAGAGUCAAGCUAAAGUGAUCGAGUUUCCUGGUGUAAGGGAAUACACCUUCCACAAGCUGCUGUGUUUCUUGUACACCGACGAGAUCCCGGCUGUAUCAGCGGUGAGGUGCGUCAAUUUGCUAGAGCUGGCUAAUAGACUGUGCUUGCCUAGAUUGGUCAAUUUAGUGGAGAUGCGGGUGAUUGAGGAUUUGGAACGGUUACAGCCGUCCGAAGCCAUAGAACAGUGUUUGAGACUGCUGGAACCCGUUAAGCUGCACAACGGCCACCAGCUGGCCGACUGGUGCAUGAGCCACUUGUGCGUCAACUACAACAAGCUGUGCAAGAUGUCACCGCGCAGCUUGCGCUUGUUGCACCCCGACAACCAGGCGUACCUAGUGGAACACCGAUGGCCGCCCGUCUGGUACCUCAAGGACUUCGACUACUACCAGAAGUGCCUGGCGGAGCGCGACAAGGAACUGAAACCGACGAACGGGGCCGGUUCCGGCUGUCUGUGCUUCUCCAGGAAAUCGGAGUCCGACCCUGCGAUCUCGUCGAACCAACAACUGUGA